AUGGCUGGAAUAGAGGAGAAAAAGUUUCUAAUAACACCGAUCACAAUGGCUGAUCUCGAAACAUCGAAUGCUCAUUCGAAUUCGAACUUCGAAUCUACAACUCCAGAUGAUGCUGAAAGUGAUAUUGGAACAUUUCGAACUAAUACACCAACUCCUUUAGCUUAUGAAUUUAUUCCAUUAAUUUAUAGUGAACCAGCACUUUUUAAUUUGGCUGAAAUGUCUUAUAAACAAUUUGCAGCAAGUGACACAUUAUUACCACAUGUAAGUUUGGAAUUAAAACAAGGUUUCACUUUCAAAAAAUUCAAAAAAUUUCAGAUGCGAGAAGUUGCAAAACAAAUGGAAAAUCAACAAAAUCAAAGUGUCGAACCGCCAGAUCAAACAAUAUCUCAAGCUCCAAGUCUUCUUACAGUAACCGCUGAAGACAAAACAAUGUAUCAAUCAGAUAUUUCAAUGUACGGUAGACAAGGUCAUAAACCAUCAUUUUCAACUCGAGAAAUUCGCGAACAACAUGCUGAAAUGCAGCAAAAAUAUAGAGAUGUUACAAAAAAAGAACCAAGAAAAGUGACUGAUCCAGUUGAUUUCGAAGCAAUUUUAAAUAUAAUUGGAGGUUGUCGAUGGUGGCAAAUUUGGAUUUAUGUUAUUAUUGCAUUGCAACAAAUUCCACACGCAAUGUUCAAUUUAAAUGUUGUUUAUAUGAUGUAUGAUCCCGAAUUUCAAUGUAUGGUUCCUGGUUUUAAUGAUGUAAAUGAUACAUCGACCUAUUUUUGGGGAAUUGAUGAUGUUAAAAAUACAACGUUGGUUUUUCCAAAAUCAACUAAUGGAGAUAGAGAUUCAGUAAGCACAAAAUCAUAAAAAAUAUUAUAACUAUAUUUUCAUAAUUUUAGUGUCAUUAUUUUGCUCGAAGUGAAGAACGAUAUCGACAACUUCGAAAAAUGCCAUUCGAACAAGCAAUGCGAGAAGCAAAAAAUGAUAAAGCUGAACCACAAAAAUGUCUAACUUAUCAUUUUGAAAAAGAUGUGAUGCGUGAAACAAUUGUAACUGAUUUCAAUUUAGUUUGUGACAGUUGGCUGGCAAAAGGACAUGCUCAUAUGUUUUAUUCAAUUGGUUAUUUAUUAGGUUGUGUAUUAGGAGGAAUAGCAAGUGAUCGAAUUGGAAGAAAACCAACUAUUAUUGGAUUUGGUAUACUUUCAUCAAUGUUUGGUGUAUUUUUACCAUUCAAUGAUUAUUAUCCAAUGUUUCUUUUUAUUCGUCUUUUAUCCGCAAUUUGUAAUGAAGCAGCUGAUCUUGCUGCUUAUACACUUUGUAUGGAAAUAACUGGAACAAAAUAUCGAGCAAUGGUUGGAAGUAUGUUACAAGCACCUUGGGCUGUUGGUUAUGCUCUUCUUGCACUUAUUGCAUAUCUUACCAAAUCAUGGAAAACUAUUCAAGUUAUUGCGGCUGGAUUACAUUUUGUUGCUGUUGUUCUAAUUUGUUCGAUUCCUGAAUCUCCAAGAUGGCUUAUGGUUCAAAAUCGUGUUUCGGAAGCUGAAGAAGUUAUUCGAAAAGCAUGCCGUGAUCCACCAUUUCCAUUUAAUUUGUGCAGAACAACUAAUUGUGGAAAUCUACCAUCAGAUUUAGAAUUAGUUUGUCACAGAGAACGAAAACUUAAAAAGGUAACUAAUUCUAAUUCUGAAGAAUUCCACAAUGAUUGAAUAAUUUUUCUAGGACAAAAUCGGCUUCUUUGAUUUAUUCACAAUGAAAGAACUUCGUUAUCGAACAAUAUCAAUUUGUAUUGUUUUUAUGGCAACAGCUCUUGUUUAUUAUGGUUUAGUAAUGGCUCUUUCUGAUCAAUCAGCACCCGGAAGAACACUUUUCACUGGUUAUUAUCAUUUGAAUAAUGGAAUUGCUGGAGCUAUUGAAAUUCCAACUCUUUUUGCAUGUGUUUGGAUGAUGACACUUGGAAGAAAAAAGUGAGUGUGUGAGAUACAUUUUAUUAAUAAUAAAUUCCGUAUAAGGUGCUAGCUUCCUUCCAAAGGGCAAAUUAAGUGCAUUCUAAGAACUACUUACUUUUUCAUGACACUUUUUUUGCAGAGCUCUGAUGAUAACAUUGACAACAGCUGGUCUGUUUAUUAUAAUUGCAAUGUUCGCAGUAACUUCUGGUCAUUAUAUGUGGGCUCUCGCUUUUAUGUUACUUGGUAAAAUUGCUGUUCAAGGAGCUUUCAAUAUUUUGUACAUAUUCACAAGUGAAUUAUAUCCAACAGUUAUUCGAAAUACAGCUGUUGGUGUUACUUCAAUGGUUGCUCGUUUUGGUUCUGGAUUAUCUUCUUAUAUUGCUCUUUUAUCGAAUAUUAGUUUGCCAAUUGUUCCAAUGAUUAUAUUCGCGAUAUUUUCACUUUUUGCCGGAAUGUUGGUUUUUGUUUUACCCGAAACAAGUGAAAAACCACUUCCUGAAACUAUUGAUGACGCUUUGACUUUUCUCGAACCAACAAAACAAGUCAAUUGUAUGAUUGGUCGAUUUGGUGUAUUUGGCCAUCAUAAAAUGACACAAAGUAUCAGUUUAACUGAGAAUCCAAGUAAUAAUGAAAUUGAGCCACAAAGUCGUCGAUCAUCAGCAAUAACUAGAAGACUUACAGAACGAGCAAGUGUUAUUUAUUCAAGAAAUGUACGUUACUUCUUUAAAUUUGGCUGGCAAAAAUAAUGCAAUAAUACAACAUUUUUAGUAAUGUUAAAAAUGGCCACCCAGAAUACAACUCAUUGUUUUGAAUGAGCCAGAAUGCAUGAUUUUUUUACCAGAAUUCAAUAAUGCAAGAAUACAAAAUUUUUUUAUUCAACCAAAAUUUCAACAAUUUUGUGUUUGUUUUUGUAUAGAAAACGAAUAACAUUGAAAGUGAUCAUAGAAAUCAAGUUGAAUAUUAUAAAAUCAAGGGAAAUCAAAGCGAAAACCUUAUAAUCUUAUUUUUUAGUGUUUGGAGAAAAGUUUUUAAGGUUUUUCUUUUUGCCAUCUCUAUUCUCAAGAAUUUUGCAUCUUUUGCAGCAAAGAUCGUGAAAUUUGGUUAAGUAUGAACGAUUUUAGCAUUUUUUGUGAAAAAACGAAAAAUGUUUUUGAGGUUGGAAAAAAUUCACAAAUGUCGUGUUGUCUGGCGUUCUCUCUUACGAGUUUCUAUCUCUCGUUUUCUCUUCUCUCUUUUCGUCUCUUCUAGAUGCAACACUCUCUCGUUUACUUUUUCAAUGCGGGUUUUUUUGUGAAAUCAGGAAAUUUCACGAUUUUCACCGACACAACAUUUUAGGCUAAUGAUAGAAUGCAAUAGGGUGAGAGGAAGAGAUUUAGAGAAAAACAUAAAAGAAUUCACGUUUUGUUGAUUAUUCGCGUGAACUCUUGUCGCCUCGCUUUAUUUUUAAAAAAAACAAAGAAAAAUAAUACAUGUGUGUAUAGCGCUUGGCCAUUUGUUUGAUCAAUGUCGGCAAUACGUUUGAACGACCUCUCAGAAAAUGUUCGAAAAAAUGGAGUUUUUGUUCUCAUUUGAGCACGUUUGCCCACUAAAAACGUAUGUUUUCUCUAGAAUCUCUCUCCUCUCAUCCAAUUGCGUUUCGGAACGUUGUGCGAGAACAUCAUAUAUGAGAAGAUAGAGAAAGACAAGGCAGUCACAGAAAAAUAAAAAUAGGAUUGUAAAUUUUUCAUGAAACUAAAAAAUUCGGAACGUUGAAUUUUAUAAUGUUUUUCCAAAGCGGGAAAAAAUGUUGUAUUAUUGCAUUUUUGCAAAUGGGUAAAAUUGUAUUUUGGUAAACGGGUAAAAAAUACGUAUUGCAUUUUAAGACCACAUUUUUGUCAGCCUAUUUCAAACAAAAAAAUUGUAUAUAAACUUCAUUUUUUGCAGACUAGUCGCACCAAUUCAAUAGUUCAAGAUCUUCAAGAUUCAUAA